CGAUUCAUAUUGAGAGUGUGAGCGAGUAUUUGUGCAUUUGGUGUUGCGAAGGAGACAGAAGAAAAACGAGAAGAACGCCAUUUCCUCAGAUCGAUAACCCUAAUCAUGUUCCGGAGAUUCCUCUCUCCUUCCAAUCUCAAAUCCCUACACACGGCGCUCUCACCUUCUCGUCCCCGAUUCGCCGCCCCUCUCCUCACCCGCCACGUCACUGCUCAAUCAGGAACUUCUUCCGUCAGAAAGAGGGUCGAAGAUGUCCUGCCAAUUGCUACCGGCCACGAGCGUGAGGAGAUUCAGGCCAGCCUCGAGGGAAGGGAUAUUCUUGAAAUCAACCAUCCUGAAGGUCCUUUCGGCACAAAGGAAGCACCUGCUAUUGUUAAAUCUUACUAUGACAGAAGGAUAGUUGGAUGCCCAGGAGGUGAAGGUGAAGAUGAGCAUGAUGUUGUAUGGUUUUGGCUUGAGAAUGGCAAACCUCAUGAAUGUCCAGUGUGCACACAGUACUUUGAGCUCAAAGUGGUCGGACCUGGUGGUGAUCCUUAUGGACAUGGCGAUCAUCAUUGAUUUCAUCCCGCAAUUUUCUUUCAGAAAUAAAAUUUUCAAAGAGAAGAGAGACAAUUUCACCUCUCAAAAUUACGAGGCCUCGUUUUGAUUGGUCUAUACCUUGCAGUUUUGCGAGUUUAGAAUAGAAUUUUCCUGUCAGUAUUUAUUAGACAUGCUGGUCAUUCGAUUGAGCUAUCAAAUCCCGCAAGGAUGUUCUUUUGGCUCUGCCAAAUAAUUGAUAGCAACACUGAUUCUUUGUCGAUUCUUCAAUAUGUAGAGCCUUCAACUAUUUUUAGCACCCCUAAACCACGAAAGGGAGUAAGGAACUACAAAUUUGAUCGAAUUGAAUAAUUUUUUGGCAAUGCAGAUGGAGACAACUCAAGUUUUUUUCUUA